GGCUGCGUUUUAUGCAACUGCGCGAUUUCUCGGUUUCGGUUUCGGUUUUAGUGAUCAAUGGUCCAGUGACUCGCACGGGCCGCGCUUCAAGAAAUCUAAAAUCAACCAAAUAAAAGCCAAAAGCCACAGAAAAUGUUACAAAUGAGAUUUUUGUUUGUGUUUUCGUUUGCGUGCACCCUGCUGCUGUUGUGCAGCCAGCCGGCUGAUGGAUUCAUUCUGCGUCUGAUCAGCGAGACGCUGCAGAACAAUGUCGCCGGCGAGCCCAUAACCCACGUGCGCACCGAUUGGAACUUUGACCCGGAGGCGGCCAAAAAGGCGCGUUCCAUUUACUACGAGAAAAAUGGAUAUCGCUCUGCGAAAUUUAUCGAGCGCAUAGGCGUGGGCCUGGAUGGGCGGCACGAGGAGCGGCGGCAGGCGCAGGAGGAGCGCGACUUGGGACGCUUGAAUGGCGAGCACUUUAUCAACUAUCCGGCUGAGAUAGCUUAGCUCAUAAAUGAACAGUUAAUAAUGCAUAAAGGGGGGAGAGAGGCGCAUUGUCAUCAGUUUAAUUUGCAGCGAUUAAUUGUCAUUAAUGUGCUUCACAAGGAUUUGCAUAAUUUGCCAACGUAACACAUAUGCAACAUGCCACAUGCCGCAUUCAGCCAUGCCUGGCUUAUUGUAAAUGGCCCUCAAGCGGGCUGGGGCUUGGGGCUGGGGCCGGGGUGUUGUUA